AUGGCAUGUCCUCACACCGAGAACAGGGUAAUACUGGAACCUCCACCCCAAUACUGGAACCUCCACCCCAAUACUGAUACUGGAACCUCCACCCCAAUACUGGAACCUCCACCCCCAAUCCUGGAACAUCCACCCCAAUACUGGAACCUCCACCCCAAUUCUGGAACCUCCACCCCAAUACUGGAACCUCCCCCCCCAAUACUGGAACCGCCACCCCAAUACUGGAACCUCCACCCCCCAUACUGGAACAUCCACCCCAAUACUGGAACCUCCACCCCAAUACUGGACCCUCUACCCCAAUACUGGAACCUCUACCCCAAUACUGGAACCUCUACCCCAAUACUGAUACUGGAACCUCCACCCCAAUACUGGAACCUCUACUCCAAUACUGGAACCUCCACCCCAAUACUGGACCCUCCUACCCAAUACUGGAACCUCUACCCCAAUACUGGAACCCCCACCCCCAAUACUGGAACCGCCACCCCAAUACUGGAACCUCCACCCCCAAUACUGGAACAGCCACCCCAAUACUGGAACCUCCACCCCCAAUCCUGGAACAUCCACCCCAAUACUGGAACCUCCACCCCAAUUCUGGAACCUCCACCCCAAUACUGGAACCUCCCCCCCCAAUACUGGAACCUCCCCCCCCAAUACUGGAACCUCCACCCCAAUACUGGACCCUCCUACCCAAUACUGGAACCUCUACCCCAAUACUGGAACAUCCACCCCAAUACUGGAACCUCCACCCCAAUGCUGGAACCUCUACCCCAAUACUGGAACCUCCACCGCAAUACUGGAACCUCUACCCCAAUACUGGAACAUCCACCCCAAUACUGGAACCUCCACCCCAAUUCUGGAACCUCCACCCCAAUACUGGAACCUCCACCCCCAAUACUGGAACCCCCACCCCAAUACUGGAACCUCCACCCCAAUACUGAUACUGGAACCUCCACCCCAAUACUGGAACCCCCACCCCAAUACUGGAACCUCCACCCCCAAUACUGGAACAUCCCCCCCAAUACUGGAACCUCCACCCCAAUACUGAUACUGGAACCUCCACCCCAAUACUGGAACCCCCACCCCAAUACUGGAACCUCCACCCCAAUACUGGACCCUCCUACCCAAUACUGGAACCUCUACCCCAAUACUGAUACUGGAACCUCAACCCCAAUACUGGAACCUCCACCCCAAUACUGGACCCUCCUACCCAAUACUGGAACCUCUACCCCAAUACUGAUACUGGAACCUCAACCCCAAUACUGGAACCUCCACCCCAAUACUGGAACCUCUACCCCAAUACUGGAACCUCCACCCCCAAUACUGGAACCGCCACCCCAAUACUGGAACCUCCACCCCCAAUACUGGAACAUCCACCCCAAUACUGGAACCUCCACCCCAGUACUGGAACGUCCACCUCAAUACUGGAACCUCUACCCCAAUACUGGAACCCCCACCCCCAAUACUGGAACCGCCACCCCAAUACUGGAACCUCCACCCCCCAUACUGGAACAUCCACCCCAAUACUGGAACCUCCACCCCAAUAAUGGAACCUCUACCCCAAUACUGGAACCUCUACCCCAAUACUGGAACCUCUACCCCAAUAAUCUGUAUACUUCCUACACAUCACCACCAUAG